CUUGCGCUGCCUCCGUCAGCCGGGAUCGGGAAUAUGGCCGCGCGGUCAGUGUGGGCGGUCCGGCGGCUGGUGCAGCGCCUCCUGGCCUCAAGUGCCGCGUCCGAAGGCAGGGGACGGCCGCAUCCUUUCAGCACUGCCACCCAGAGAACUGCUGGAGAGGACUGCAGUUCUGAGGACCCCCCCGAUGACCUUGGGCCCUCUCUCGCAGAACGAGCCUUAAAGCUUAAAGCUGUGAAACUGGAGAAGGAAGUCCAGGACUUAACAAUGAGAUACCAGAGAGCUGUAGCUGAUGGUGAAAACAUAAGGCGGCGAACCCAGAGAUGUGUAGAAGAUGCCAAGAUAUUUGGAAUUCAGAGUUUCUGUAAGGACUUGGUAGAGGUGGCAGACAUUUUGGAGAAGACUACAGAGUACAUUUCUGAAGAAACAAAGGCUGGGGAUCAGACGCUCACUCUGGAGAAGAUCUUCCGAGGGUUAUCCCUUUUAGAAGCGAAGCUGAAGAGUGUGUUUGCCAAACAUGGCCUAGAGAAGAUGACACCCAUCGGUGACAAAUACGACCCACAUGAGCAUGAACUCAUCUGUCACGUGCCAGCUGGCGUCGGGGUACAGCCCGGCACUGUGGCGUUAGUAAGGCAAGAUGGCUACAAGCUUCAUGGCCGCACCAUUAGACUUGCCCAGGUGGAAGUGGCAGUGGAGUCUCAGAGAAGACUGUGAACAGGCCGCGAGGAACUGAACAUUCUCCCAGAGUGCAGUCACCUGUGUUUCCUUUAUUUAUUAAACUAGGUUUGUAUUGUGUACAUGAGGUACUUCAUGUGAUCUGUUUUGGAUUUAGUCAUAUUGGCUUUAUUUCUAAGAUACUCUACUGAUUUAAUGUGACCUAUUUGGUCUCAUCAGAAGUCUUGCCAUUGGGCAUUUGAACAAUGUGACAAGUGAUACUAUGGCCUUUGUCCAAAUAUGUUUAAGAAAAUCAUUUGAAAAUUGGUACUCUGAUGACUAUCGGUUGAAAAUCUUUUGAAAAGAUGGAAAUGAGUAUAUGUUUAUGUAUUUUCAGCUAAAUGCUUCUUUUAAUGGUCCCUGUAGCAGGAAUGAUAUAGGAUGUGUUAUUGCGUGGGAAAAGGAGAUGGUAGGGAUUGGUGCAGCAUCUGGGUACUUAGAUGAUGAAGCUUUAGAAUUAUAUGAACUUAGAUCGUUUGGGUUGAUGUUUAUACACAUAGAUUUUUUUUUUUUAGGACUUCCCCUUUUUAUUUUUCUUUUAGCCACCUUUUGUCCUUGUAGUCCCCACCAGGUAGGCCAUAUUCACACUCAUGGUCCCUUUCCAGUUCCCAUUUACAAGGGCUAGUUAAGGCCAAGGCAAGACUUGGAAGGCAGGGAGUAUCAAGAAAUUCAAGAUACUGGAUCCCUUUCAAGCAAGCAUGACCAAGAAAUGUCAUGCUUUCUUUGCUGAGUUACCUUCAAAUUUUCAGCCUCCCAGGUAGAUAAUCAUUCCAGGGAAGCCGAAGUGGCGCCCAUAGCCAGUGACCCAAAUUGGUCUAUAUGAGUAAUUUACCUACAGCUCCUCUCUCUGCCAGCCCUCAAAUCGUCCCCUUUGUCCGAUCUGCUUUAUCAUCCCUUAUUGUGCAGGGAAGUGGUGAGGACAAUUUCUCAUUGCAUUUAGUUAUGCUGAUUUUUUUUUUUUUUUUUUUUUGGUACUCACAAAUCACUACCUCUCUCACACUGAUAAACUUUUUCUAGUUUUUGUAUGUCAUGUCACAUGGAUUAAUAUCUAGCAGGAGUCAGACCAUGUGUUCAUUUUUGUUUCUUUUCGUCUUUCUUAUACCUGGUGCUCCGUAAAAGGUUUGUUCAGUAAAUGAGUGAAUGAAUGAGACUUCAGGAAGGAGGUCCAGUAUAGAUUUGUAAUGUUAGAAGAGGCCUUAAUGAUGAUCUCAUCUCACCCUUUGAGCUUCUUAAGCAUGAAAACAUCUUUUAAGAACUGGACUCAGAAAUAUCUGAAACUAGUAAACUGAAUUUCUGUGAGGACUUGAAUAAGGAACAACUAGAUACUAACUUUAAUCACAUAGGCUUCAACAGUUCCAUAACGAACGUGCAGGUGUGGCCCCGGCAAACAAAGGUCGUCGGAGGUCCCGAUUGUAUGCGCUCAGCCUUUUAAUAAGUCAGUUACCCGUAAAAUCCACUUCUGGAACUUUAUGACCCCAUUCCAUGGAAUGGGAGAAGUUAUCCUCGUAGACAUCAUAGAUACUCCUAGCACACUCCACAUAUAUCAAUAAAGCCAUCUCCACCAGAAUUAGACACUUAAAAAAAAAAAAAAGCAAAUACAUGCUUUUAAGAUGCAAGCAAAAGACUGGCGGUGAGGUUUAUAAAACCAGAACCUCUUUCCGCUUUCCACUAAGUACGCACUGUAACUUUAAUGAGCAGUCAGUGCUCCCAGUAGGAAUCGGUCUUUUUUUUGGCCUUCAUUCCUUUGAGAUUGACAUGGUGAUAAGAAAAGGACCUGAUGAUAAUUUCCUGGUUUUCGUGAGUUACGAGCUGUUAUUAUCAGUGACUUAGAACCACCAUAAUUCUAGGUAUGGAGUGUUCCGAGUACUUCAAGCGUUUCCUGAUAUUCCUUGCAACCCCUGUGUUAGCAAGUAGAUUGAGGAUAAUUUUAGAUUCUUUUGUUAUUCAGUAGUGAUGCCGACUUAAAAGUGUAAAUUUACAAGAUGCAGCUAGAACGGUAAGAAUCUCAGAAAGCUGGGCUUUUGGGAGCCAGAGCCGCAUAAGAGAGCAGAGGCCCUGUAGGCAUUGACUUGAACAUAAAUCCCAGCCCAGUCACCUCUGUCCCCUUGGGCCCUAGUCCUCUCACCCUCCGGAGCCUGCUUCCUUGUUUAUACAACAAUUACAAUUCUCUCAUAGUAUUGUGAGGACUGGAUGAAAUGUGUAAAUUGUCUACUACAGUGGGCUUUCAAGUAUUUAUUUUCAUUAAUUAUUAUACAUGUGGUUUUGCCUCUGUUUUUAUAGCUGCCCUAAAGCCUAAGGAAAAGGGAAGACUAGUUAAGUGAUGCUUUUCUGUAAAAAAAAAAAAUUGUAGUCUAAUCAAUCAUAGUGACUUCUUUUCCUUUCAACUUCAUUUUGUUUUUUUUUCUGUUGUUGUUGUUUUAAAACAAGAAAUCCACACUUUCAGAUCAAAGGAGCAAGAAAAUUAUGUCCACUCUCUUCAUUAUUUUCAUCUCGAUGGUAAAGCAAAAAGACAUUGUAGGCCUGCAGAUGUCUAAGGAGGCUUGGGCUCACUUGAAGAGGGGGUCUUGGUGUUUUGGUGCUGAUACAGUCUCCAUAUCUUUUACGGAUUUUCUUUACGUCCACAAGGGAAUCAGUUUGAUACUGAUAAGUUCAUUGGUGCUUUUUCAUGGCAAAGGAGUUUGGUAAGUGAAGAAAGGGUCUUGAACAUGAAAGCAAAUAAAAUAGGGAGAACUAAGGACGAAAUAUAUUCAGAAGCAACUUCAAUAAAACCUGAGUUGAUGUAACCACA